CAACAAAAUAAUAACCAUCGCUACCACCAACACCAUUCACCACGAUGGCUACCAUAAAUUCGGUACAGAAGAGUAUUCAUUUGCCAUUAACGAGCUUGUCGUCGCCGCGUGUUUUGAUGUGCAGCGCCUCUGUCGGCACCGAGGGUUCCGUUACGCUACAAUUGAGAGACUCGUCCGAUUCCAAUCAGUCGCCAGCUCAGACGUCUUUGGAAAAUGCCUUGACCAUCGGCUAUCCCGACCCGGAGAUGUUGGCCGACGUGUUCGGUUCACUGCAGACAUCCUCAUUCAAGAAUCACAGCAGUGCGCUGGUGUCAACAUCGCCAACAACAAUAACAAAUCAUAAUACUAAUCCGAUUAGCAGUAAUAGCAGCAGCUGUAACAACAACAAAACCACAAAAUCCCCGACCAACGCCACGAGCAGUGCGCCGAGCAGCAGCAGCACCUCCACCACCACCUCCGCACCGGCCAACAAAGUCACAAUCAGUCGUCGCAAUCAAAGCAGCGUGGCAGCAGCAACAACAACAAGCGCCGCUACAUCUGCCAAUACAGCAACAACAACGGCGCACACGACAACCAAGUCAUCCGUGCAAACAGUGUCCACAGCCACGAAUACCACCAACAAGACGACCAGCAGCUACGUCAAGAAUUGCCUGAUACGCAGCAGCAGUUGCAGCAACACCAACAACGUCACCUCGCUGGCACAGAUAAUGAGCAACAGCAGCACGAGCAGCUCAUCGUCGCUACUGAAUCAUAGCAACACGAACAGCAACAGCAACUGCAGCAGCAACAGUAAUUUCAGCUCGUCGAGCAGCAGCAACGACAGCAUAGUCAGUGUCAACAGCAACAACAGUGGUGGCGGCGUGCUGAAGAGCGGCGGCAGCAGCAGCAAAGGUGCCACGGCGGCCGGUGCGACGGGCGCGACGCUCAAGAAGAAUCGCACCAAAUUAUCUUCUCCAACGCGUCAUGGACCACAGCAGUGCCAGAUCUGUAGUAAAAUCUUUGGAAAUGCGUCAGCGUUGGCGAAGCACAAACUGACGCAUAGCGACGAGCGGAAAUACGUGUGUGCGAUGUGUUCGAAGGCGUUUAAGCGACAAGAUCACUUAAAUGGCCACAUGAUGACACAUCGUAACAAAAAACCCUACGAAUGCAAAGCUGAGGGCUGCGGCAAAUCAUACUGCGAUGCACGUUCCCUGCGCCGUCACACCGAGAACCAUCAUUCGGGCAUAAUAACACCACAAAAUCAAACUCUCUCGCCAACCUCCAGCACACCAAACGGACUUAGUCUUUCACCGGCCACAGCAAGCGGGGAUGCCAGUUCACCGGACGGUGCCACAUGCAUACGCACUUACAUCUCUACAGGUGGCAGUAUUGUUGAUGCGGCCACCGGAGUUGCGCUAACCGAAGAGCAAAUAAAAGCCAUCAAUUUGCCCAUUAAGACCGGUGUCACUCUGCUUUCGCCCACGUCAACGUCGUCUGCGUCGUCAGUGAGUGGUGUUUCGUUGCCCGCGUCGUCGCCUACAAUUGCGCUCGCCGAGACGAGCAUCGUGGACACCGGUGAGGGUUUGACUCGCGAACAAUUGGAUUUGAUCAGUAAGAUUAUGCAACAGACGAAGCAAACGAGCGCACAGGUGACGGUCUCCUCACCCACCAGCGUUAAUUCUUACAAAGUAGACACAAAUCCAUCUUCGUCUACACUUGGUGCGUCGGGUUCACAUCAUGCCGUGAGCGGUUCUUCGGGUCGACCGCGUACAUGGAAUAUGCAACUAUUAAACACGCAAAAUGUAUCCAUCGCCGUCGAUGAGUCCAAUUCCGAUGCGACGUCCAGCACAGCAACAUCGCCCAUCGAAGCCAAAGAAGAGGAGGUGAAUCAACAAUUUGUGGCCGCCAUUAAUCCGCAUCUCUUGAAUAUUGUCAAGAUGGAUCAGAAGCAAGUUGAAUGCAAUUUGUGUCAUCGCAAGUUCAAGAAUAUACCAGCACUCAACGGACAUAUGCGGCUACAUGGCGGCUAUUUCAAAAAAGACCCCGAGACCAAAAAGACAGAAAAGAAAGAGCCCAGCGGUCCACCGCUGCAGACAGCCAGUAUUGGCGUGCGUGCGCUGAUCGAAGAGAAAAUCAUCAGUAAACGCAAAGAUAUGAACAAGGGUGCCUUCGUAGUUCCUGCACCACCCAGUAGCGUAUCCAGCACUUCCACAAUCCGACGAUCGAUUAGCGAUCUAGAAAGUUUCCUUAGUCCCAAAUCACACAGCCAUAAUGGCAACAUCAGCGGCGGUAAUGGUGCCAACAGUAGUAACAACAAUACGUCUAGUCAGAACUCGCCCACCGCCACCACAACGACUAUGCUACCUGCCGCAACUACAAUCAAAAACUUCAGUGGUGGUACAUUGGGCUUGCAGCAAAUCGGCAUGUCGCAGGGUAUCGAAAUUUUCAGCACAAAGCAACAGAAGACAGUGGGUAAUGUGGGCCAUAGUUUGGGUAUGGGCUUGAGUGCGGCUCUCCAAGCGAAUAAUGCAACGAUGAAUCCGUCAACGAUGAAAUCUGCAGCAACGACAAAUACAACGACUACCAAGGGAACUUCGACCGAUCCGAAAGACUCGACACUCAUUGAGUUAUUGAAGCGCGGCACGCGCAUCGCCGUCACUGCCAAGAAGCCAUUAAACAGUACAAACCCAAUAACAAAUAUGGGAAGCAGUAGCAGUAAUAACGGCAAUGGCGGAUCGCGUCAAAUAAUCACCAACAACAAUCGCACUGUGAUUAUACCGUCCGACGUGCAAGUUCUACCCACCCGUAUGGCCAAGUCGAGUGCUAACGUCCUGCGAUCCUCUACUCCCGCCAGCUUAGCCCUGACCGACACGACGCCACUAUCACUCACCAUAUCGCAGAGUGGUGACGGCGGCAUGGGUGGUGAUGUGUAUACGGUCACUUAUAGCAGUGACACAUCGGGAUUUUUCGAUGAUGCGGAGGUCUAUAAUGUCGCUGACACGGAUAUGUUGCUGCAGACGGUAGAUUCAAUGCAGUUACUCAACGAUGACUCGCAACAAUUGAAAAGCGAACAUUCCGAACAAUUUGGCUCUGUGACUGGCGUGGGGAUCACGGAAGGCGAUCACACCGACAAUAGCGGUAAUUGCAUUCAAGCCGAAUACUUGAAGUUAGAAGCCGACGGUAGUGUCAAUGCUAUGCCCACCACUUUACCCACUUUCCAACAAUUUCAUUCCAAGGAGUUAAUCAUGCAGAAUAGUGCCCAGAUACAGGCUGUGACUAGCAUGCGUUCCAACGCGCAUCAACUGGGCUCGUUAUCCUCACCUAUAAACUCGCCGCUCGCAUAUCCAACGCCACCCUCCAGUCAUGAAAAUAUGACGCAAUCAUCGCCCUAUGUCGAUGAUGGACACCAGUAUUCCGAAGUGACAAACGCUUUCUUCAAUGAGAAAUGCAGUGCCGACUUCCUCACGCAGUCAGCAACCGAAGUGACUUUCUUCAAAAGCAAUGACAAUCAGCAUGAGCUCACCGACACCGAGAAGAUAUUGAAGUUGAAGACCGUGUUGGAGGAGAGCGCUUUCGAUGGUUCCAUCAAGGUGGAGGAUUUACUUAAUGGUACGCAGGAGGAUGACACGGAAUGUGAUCUACGGGACUUUGCUGAAAGCAAUCUGGCAUUUUUGGAUGAGGAUCAGGAGUUUCUGAAUGACUCGCGAAAUGCAACUUCGCCUUUACCAGAAUCAUUUUUCACCGGCAGUAUAGGUACGGCCGAAGAAGUGAAAGAGGUAUUGCGCGAUGUGUUACCCGACGAAAAUAUCAAUCUGAAUUGCGAAGAGCAAUCGGAUGAAAAUAUUAUUGAUUUGUAUUAUUUGCCGGGUUUGGGCUUACAAUCACAAAUGAUGCCUAAUUCGGAUGACCCGCUCUUAUCCUCGUCUCCAAGAGAUUUCGGUCAGCAGCGGGGACAAAUUAUACAAACAACGCAACAGGUCCAAGCUCAGCAGCAACAACAAAGUCAACAAUCGCUAUCACAAUCACAGCAAAUCCAGCACUCCACACAGCAUUUGCUUUACGCCCAGCAAAUGGAGCAUCAAAUGCAACAACAACAGCAGCAACAAACAUCUACCGGCGGUGACUACGUUGGCAAUCAAUUGGCAAUGGCAAUGCAACAAACCGUGGCAGACGGCAAUGAUACACCCUCGACGCUACAGUACAAUCUACAAAACCUACCGCAAGUACAAAACCAGCAACAAUACAUUGACGUGAACACACCGAUUCAGCAUGUGUCAACGCUUGAUGGUGGCAUACUGCAUCAGCAGCUAGUCUUUACAGGUUCGACCGACAAGCAGGAGAUACAUAUAACGGGACAACAAGGCGAUAUGGGUCUUCUGUCCGCCGGUAGCUCCAUUAAUACCGACACCAAUAUCUACUUCGCCAGCAACUCCAGUAAUUCCAACAACUCAAUGUCCGCUUUGCAACAAAUCGGCAAUCAGUCGAGUGCCUGUAAUCUGCCCAUCUCAUCGUCUUCAUGUCAACCACCAGCGGCUUCUACAGUUCUUUCCACACUGCAACCCCUCUCCAACCAAACAAAUUCCAUACUGAAGCGUCGUCUGCGGCCGCACAAUUCCAGUGACUCCAGCAAUUCACAAAGUUUCGCCAAAUAUCAUCCGCUCUCACCGUAUCGAUCUAAGUUGCGCAAACCCUCGCGAACGCAUUAUACACCGGCGCCUAUACUUAAUCCCGAUCGAAAAGGUGUCGGACUGUAUUGCAGUGUGCGCAAGCAACUCAACACGGGUCUGCUUGGUUUCGAUAGUUUUGACGAUGAUUUCGACGAUCCGGUGGGCUUAGUGGACUUUUCAGAUGAAUCAAAGGUCAAUCUGGGCUCGGCGUAUCAAGCACAAGUACCGCCUUGCCGAGAACGCAUUCACAGUGCGGGUAGCGAUGCCGCAACCGAUGGUGAGUUGUGUAAAACCAACUCUUGUUUCGACGUCGAGGAGCCUGUGAGUGCGGAGCAAUUGUGGGACCCCACCGUACAAACAGACGAGAAGAUUUUGAUGCGCUACAUUGACCUGAGCAAAUCAUCGGCUGUGCCGCUGGGCAGUCACACCGAAGAAGUAGCGCUGCACACACUGCUCAAAGCACAAGGAAAUAUGGCCGCGGCAGUACUAACUUUACUCCAAACACCAUCGAAUGCAUUCCAGAUGAAAUGGUCCGCUACCGAAUUGGAGGUGUUCUUAAAAGGACUGGAACGGCAUGGCAAAGAUUUUGGACGCAUUUCGCUGGAGUUGGGUUCAAAGACAACGGGCGAGUGUGUGCACAUGUACUACUUCUGGAAGAAACUUUGUGUUGACUAUAAAGUAUCACAUCUUAAAACGGAAACGCCACCUCCACCACCGGUGAACGAUCCGAAACCGUAUGUCUGCGAAGUGCCGGAUUGCUCUGCGAGCUUUACCUCAAAAGCUGCCCUGCAUGGUCACACUCGCAUACAUACUUACGGUAGAAAUUCGAAUAGCCAUCAUAACAACAAUAACAAUAAUAAUCACAACAAUAAUGCUACAAGCAACACUACUAAUCAGAACAACGGUGCCACAACGGGCGGCUCGACAAGCGUCGUCCAGCAGACCAACGGCUGUGCGUCUCAGACACAAUCUCAAGUGAGCGUCGGUGGUGCGAGUGCUUCCGGUGCAUUACCCAAAGACGCUAGUCAAGGCGGCGUGCCCGGUGCCGUCAGCACCGCCAAGGACACCGACUUUCCCUGCAAGGUGUGCGGCAAAGUUUUUAAUAAAGUGAAGAGUAGAAGCGCACACAUGAAGACGCAUCGCGUGCAGGAGCAGCAGCAGCAGCAACAACAACACCAGCAGCAACAACAAUCAGCCGCUGAAGCGUCCACCAGCAGUAGCAAUACAGUUGCAUCUGCGCAAAACCAACAGCAAAGCGUGAAUCAAAGUCACCACCAACACCAGCAACAACAGCAAUCGUCGAUUGAGCAAAAAUCCUGAAUUUAGACCCCCUCAACCCAGUAGCGACCACCCAAUACCUUGAAAGCACCAGCCCUACAACCCAAUUACCCAAAUAUUGUAUAUGUAUAUGGUCACCAAGUGACCGACGCCGAAUUGCAACGUGUACCCCACAACGCCGUAUGUAGUAUACCAAACUCACUACCGAAGUGCUAAAAUGCAACCAUGCAAUGUAAACAGAAAAACAGAAAACAUAGUGAGCACAACAAAAAUACAUGUGCAAGUAAAUGACAAGUGAGCAUACAUUUGAGAAUUUUGAAAUUUGAAACUGACAAUCGCAGAGUUAUUGUAU